AGGGUGAGAGAGAGAGAGAGAGAGAGGAGGGCUUUCAUUCCUUUCUCUUAUACGCAGCACGCUCUUCCCGCUCUUGAUCAGUCCCUCUUCUAGACAGAUUUUGGUGCUCGAAUCUUUCAUCUAGAUUUGAGCGAUCGCGUCGGGCGUGUCUUAGCCCCGAUUUGAUCCAUAGCUUGGAGCGUGUGGAGCAAUGAAGCCGGAUCAUCCAAGCUUGGGAUUGAGCAUAGAUCUGAGCAUAAGCGUCCAAUCACAGCAGCAGCAAAAUGGCUACUUCCCCAUGAGGUCAGCGCCCGAUGUGGAGGACGCGGAGGGGGAGCGGCGAGGAUCCACCAUGGAUCUCCUCCCCCGCCCCGUGGCCAACAAGCAAAACGCCGGCCUCUUGUGGCAAUCCCUCUUCACCAAGUCGAGAAGCGACUCCAUCGAUUCAAAUGGGACAGAGGCUCCUCUUAAUUGCAAAGGCCUGGACAUGAACCGGGUGCCUUGCUCGGGCGAGAACGAGGAUCAAGGUGGUGGUGGUGGUGGUGUGUCUACGUCGUUUCAACUCAUGGCGGCCGCGGAGCCGGCCUCGUCGUCGGCGGCGGCGAGGGUGGCGAACCAUCAGCAAACCAAGCGGGAGAGGGAGGCGGACGAGGCGGAGCAAAUGACUUCUUCCCGCGCCGCCAGCGACGAGGAGGAAGGGGGAACCCGCAAGAAGUUGAGGCUGUCCAAGGAGCAAUCAGCGCUGCUCGAGGAUAGCUUCCGCGAGCACAGCACUCUCAAUCCGAAACAAAAGAACGCACUGGCGAAGCAGCUCAACCUCCGGCCCAGACAAGUGGAAGUUUGGUUCCAAAACCGGAGAGCAAGGACCAAGCUCAAGCAGACCGAGGUGGAUUGCGAGCUUCUCAAGAAGUACUGCGAGGGGCUGAGCGAGGAGAACCGGAGGCUUCAGAAGGAGCUCCAGGAGCUUCGAGCCCUCAAAAUCUCUCCACCUUGUGUCAUCACUCACGACUUUUACAUGCCUCUCCCCGCCACCACGCUCACCAUGUGUCCCUCCUGCGAGAGACUGGCGUCGUCCAUGGACAACGGCAACAACACCGGCAAUACCACAACCAAGGUUCCAAGCAAGCCAUUGUCAACGAACUUCCAAAGCACAGCAGCCACCACCAUGGCCAGAUUUGCACAGUCCAGGCCUACACCUUCUCUCUUGCAACCCGUGUGAAACUUCUGACACAACUUUUGGUGUUCAAGAAAAAGGAGAGUCUAGAGCUAGAGUCUACAGCCUCAAGCUUGUGUCUAUGUUAGUGUACAGGGAUCCAGGAAGAGAGAAUUUUUAGAGGAAGAAGGUGCCAGGGAAGAUCAUAUCAAUGGUCAUCUUGGCUGGUUGGAGGAGAUGAACAGUGAAGAGCAAGCCCUUUGGCUUUUCUGUACAUUUUUCUUGGCAUGAGUCUCCACCUGGGAUAUUGUGUUAUAGUUGCAA